CUGAAUCGUCCGGGGGAAAUGCCAGAAAACGACAGUUACAAGCUUUCAAAUCAAUUCAAAGCUGUCUGUGACAAACUGGAGGCUCUCCAGCGCGAAACACUUGGGCUCACCGGGCGUAUCAAGGAGCUUGAAGCAGCAGCAGCAGCAGCAGCCGCAUCGACUUCUUCCCCGCUCUCUUCCUCUAUGACCCCCAUCGCCGGGUCAGCUUCGCAGGUACCAUCAAAGCCCGUGCCCUUAUCUGGUUCCGAUUUGGGUCGGAUCUUGAACCCUCCUAGGUCGCCUACGUUCGUUGGGCCUACUAGUGCUGAGUUCGGCCUGGCGGCCGCGUCGGGCUUAUUGGACCCGCAUGCUUCUGGGAAUGAGUCUGAAGAUGGAAGUGGAAGAGCUUCCAAAUACGAGUCGGAAGGUGAACAAGAAAGUGCACAUAAUAACCAGGAUGGCGAUCCUCUUGUAAGUCUCGGACAGGCUCAAGCCCUGCGUUUGAUAGAGGUUUAUGAGGACGUGGUCGGCAUCAUGUAUCCAUGCGUGGACUUGGAAAGCGUGCGUGAAUACACCAGAGCUUUCUAUAACGGUGACCACGCCAGCAUCGACGCAUCCCCCAAACGAGCUCUCACCUUGCGCGGAGGUUCGGUUGAAGAGCAGCCUCCCGGCGAAUCUGGCGACCAGGAUUGGUUUUAUGCACGUGAUGUCCAGGUUCUGAAACUCAUCCUUGCUAUCGCGCUGCUGGCAGAAUCUCAUGGCCGGAGUGAGUGGGCAGCGCAGCUGGCGGAUAGUGUUGAGGAUAUAUUCGCGACUCGGUUAAAGAUUGCGACGGUUGACAUGAAAGAAGUUCUCAUUUUGACAUUGCUGUCGAUUUUCCAUUCCUAUCGGGAUGAUGAAGUUUACGCAUGGCGUCUCAGCGGGAUGGCCAUUCGGGGCUGCAUGGAAAUAGGACUCCACUGCCAGGAGACUUGGUCUAAAAGCGGGGGCUGCUUUUCAGGCGAAUUGCGUUCGAAGUGGGCGAGUCGGCUGUGGUGGUGUCUCUACGUGCUGGAUAGACAGUUUAGUUUUGGAACGGGUUUGCCUGCUUCUAUUCAAGAUUCUGAUAUGGAUACGGACCUCCCUGGGCCCGGAGACUCCUCUCCAUAUCUUACAUGCAUGAUCUCCUAUGCACGUCUCAUCCCCAAAGUCUGGAAUUUCGUCGUUGGGUGGCGCCGUCGGCCUCGAGUGCGUACGACUGACACCUGCUCCUAUCUGGAUUAUCAAGUGCGGGUAUGGGUUCAGUCUAUUCCCCCAGAUCUUCAAUUCGACCCGACCUGGCGAUCCUUGUCUGGACCACGACAUACAGGACGCGUCAUGACACUACAGGUGCUUCUCGCACUGCAAGCCAACCAUCUCCGUAUCCUACUCUACAGACAGAACCUCUUGAACAGCAGUUACAUCGAGAUGGAUGUCUCCGGCGCAUCCACGGCUGUGGAUGCGGCCAAGAAUACUAUCCAUAUGAUUGAUUAUUUCAGUCAAGUUGUCCCGGUUUACUUCCAGCACCCGGAACCAUUUAAUUAUUUCCUUCUUUCCGCCCUGGCAGCCUUAUUCCUGGCCGUGCUGCAUGCGCCUGCUCGGUUUAGUCAAGUUUGUCGGUCUGAAUUCUACAUGGCUGUGGACCUAGUCAGGCGAUCGUCUACUCGGGUUGAGACGUCAAGACGCCUGCAGAAGAUUAUCCGCAGUCUCAAACUUAUACAGAGGAACCUAAAUCUGGAGCAAGGAAAGUCCAGGAGUGGAAACAGAAGCUCGAAAAGUAUCAACGCCACAACUAUUCCAGGAACCCCCAGCUCCCAUAAUGUCGGUGUGAAAGAUAUCCAUCCCCGGCCUCCAGUCAAUCCCCAAAUACCUUCGCUUGCGCAGUUACCAUCACCAGACGAAGCACCCAUCUUUCCCGCCCUGUCCCCGGUUACCGGUGAUACGGCCGUAGGAAUUGGGAACACUAGCUGUGACGACUUGACCAAUUUCUUUGAGAUAGCCGGUGCAUACUUCCUUGAGCCGCGUGAGACUACUACGCCUGCACCGGCACCAGACAUAGGAGGACAAAUGAACACGUCCACUCUUUGCUGUGAUGCCGUGCGUGAUAGUCUUGACAAUGGGGAUUCGAAUUUGCCGAGAGUUAGUACGGAUAUAAGCAACCCGGUGGACGGUGUGGAUUUCAGUCAAGUUCCGGGUAUGGAGUUUUUUCAGGCAGAGGAUGAGUCGUUGACGCAGAUCGUGGCCGGGUUGUUGUGAGGGCAGUUGUCAUCGACAGUUCUCGCAAGCCCUACAAAUAUGGGGAUUCUAAGAUGAUUGGCGUUCUAUUCUUUCGAGGAGAACGCUCUGUUAUUUUUUUUAUUUUUAUUUUUAUUUUUUUCGUUUUCCUGGAGGCAAAUGGCAUCGUUGAAUGUCUCAUAGGGGCUGAUAUAAACUUGUCCCUCCAAAAGAUCACCAUUGAAUUAACAGACUUGUUC